GAGGGUCGCGAGGGGGGAGGCGGCGUGGCCUGCGCCGCACCCGCCGCCGGUCAGAGCCGCCCCGGUCGCCGCGGACUCCACAUUCCAACGUCGCUGUGCUGCCGGUCGAAGAACCAGUGCGAGUGACUGAGUGACCGUCUUCCACCCGUGCGACACUAACAAACCACCAACAUGUCUGACGAAGAGGAAUAUUCUGGCUCCGAGGAGGAGGAAGUUGAAGAAGAAGUUCCGGAGACACCCGCUCCGAAACCAGAGAGUAGACCAUCGAUCGCGGGUGAGGGAGAUCCAGAAUUCAUCAAGCGUCAAGACCAGAAGCGGUCGGACUUGGACGAACAGCUGAAGGAAUACAUCAACGAAUGGCGCAAACAGCGGGCCAAGGAGGAGGACGAGCUCAAGCGGCUCAAAGAGAAGCAGGCUAAGCGCAAGGUCUCACGCGCUGAGGAAGAGAAACGCCUCGCCCAGAAGAAGAAGGAAGAAGAAGAAAGGAGAAUCCGUGAGAUUGAGGAAAAGAAACAGCGCGAUAUCGAGGAGAAGAGACAACGGCUGGAGGAAGCCGAAAAGAAGCGCCAGGCCAUGCUCCAGGCCAUGAAGGAAUCCAGCAAAACCGGACCAAAUUUCACCAUCCAGAAAAAGAGCGACAACUUCGGCCUGUCCAGUGCUCAGCUGGAACGCAACAAGACCAAGGAGCAGCUGGAGGAGGAGAAGAAGAUCUCCCUCUCCAUCCGCAUCAAGCCCCUGAACAUCGACAACCUCUCAGUAGACAAGCUCAGACAGAAAGCUACCGAACUCUGGGAAUGUAUCGUCAAACUCGAGACCGAGAAAUACGAUCUCGAGGAAAGGCAAAAAAGGCAGGACUACGACUUAAAAGAGCUCAAAGAAAGACAGAAGCAACAGUUGAGGCACAAAGCCCUCAAGAAGGGUCUCGACCCAGAGGCACUCACAGGCAAGCAUCCGCCCAAAAUCCAAGUAGCAUCCAAGUACGAGAGACGUGUCGACACACGGUCUUACGACGACAAAAAGAAGCUGUUCGAGGGUGGCUACGAUACCCAAACGGCUGAGUUCUUGGAUAAGAUGUGGAACGAGAGGAUGGAGGAAUUUAUGAACCGCACCAAGACGAGACUGCCCAAGUGGUUCGGCGAGAGGCCCGGCAAAAAGAAGGGCGAACCCGAGUCGCCGGAGGGCGAAGAGGACGUCAAGGCUGAACCCGAAGACGACGAGCCCAUAUAUGAACCCGAGCCCGAGGAGGAGGAGGAAGAAGAAGAGGAAGAGGAGGAAGAAGAAGAGGAGGAGGAGGAGGAAGAGGAGGAAGAAGAGGAAGAGGAAGAAACAAUGUUACUGUAAGGAGUCAUCACGCCGCGACCAGGGCAGCGCGCCGCCGACUCGGCCGGCCGCGUCUGUUCGUACUGUUUUGUAACCAAUCCAUUAACUUAUUUCUAUUAUAAAUUAUUUUUAUUAUUUAUACUGUUGAAUCAUUCGUUACGGAACAUGAACUUGCAUUAUACUACGCCGCACCGCCAUCUACGCGGCGUCACAAUAAACUAAUGUAUUUCAUAA